ACGUGUCAGUCCUCCGCUACUGGGGCUAGGGAAGCGAGUUCGUCUGCGCAUCUGUUGUGUCACUCCGGCAGCCAGAGCCAGCAGAUCACUGUGACGGGUGUGUGUGAACGGAACCGUUUUCGUUUGUGUGCCUAGAACUGUUCCUUAUUCGUACAAACAUCUCUGAAGAAGGAAACGAUAGACAAUGGAAAACUGUGAAUUAAAUUUUACAUACUGUUCCGUGUGACGUGAAACAGGUUUAAACUUCGUACGUUAGGAACAAAUAUUCUCAGUUGAUUUAGUUGCAUCUGUAAUCUCUGACGUACAUUCAUGUAUCUGUGGUGAGGAACUGAACUUUGUAGACACUUCUACAUCAGUCUACAUCUUGAAAUAAUUUGAACUGUGUGUAGUCGGAGUAUAGUGAGUGAAUUUCAUUACAGUGAGUCAAGCCUGAACUGUGUGGGGGGGUGCCUUAUUGUUUCCCCUGUCGUUCCUAUGUCACCAUGGUCAAGAUAGAGGGGCCGCUACAUCCUCUAGUAAUGGCCCGAACGCCUCUCAAAUCGUCCUUCAGCAUCAGCGCCAUUUUACCGGAAACCGUGGCAGCCUCGCGGGCCCCAAGCCCCGACAUGAGCCCCAAUUUGGCGCAUUGUAACCCCGACAUGAGUCCCACUUUGGCGCAUUGCAGACCCGACAUGAGCCCCACUUUGGCGCAUUGCAGACCUGACAUGAGCCCCACUUUGGCGCAUUGCAGAUCCGACAUGAGCCCCACUUUGGCUCAUUCCAGCCCCGAUAUGAGUAGCUCGGACUCAGAUAGUGACCUCGACGUGACGGGAGGUGCCACCCCGCCGCCGCUAGACUGCAGCACCAACAAAGACAAACAAGAUGUCGCCGCAGACAGCGCCAAGGCCGAGGCCGAUAAGAAGAAAACCGAGAAGCCCCCAUAUAGUUACAAUGCGCUCAUCAUGAUGGCGAUCCGUCAGAGUCCUGAAAAGCGUCUCACCUUGAACGGCAUCUACGAAUAUAUCAUGAAGAACUUCCCGUAUUACCGCGAGAACAAGCAGGGCUGGCAGAACUCGAUCCGCCACAACCUCUCGUUGAACAAGUGCUUCGUGAAAGUGCCCCGUCAUUAUGACGACCCGGGCAAGGGCAACUACUGGAUGCUAGACCCGAGUAGCGCGGAUGUCUUCAUUGGCGGCACGACGGGCAAACUGCGGAGGCGUUCUACGGCGGCUAGCAGGAGUCGCCUGGCUGCCUUCAAGCGCACCAUGGUUCUGGGGACUACAGGCUUCUACCCGGGGGGUCUGGGCCCUGCAGGAGGGGCCUACCCCGGCCCCUGGGGCCUCUCGCCGCUCUACUGCAACCCAUACCAUCGCUACACCUACCCGUACCCUGGCCUUCUGCAGCCGUUGCCUAAACCCAUCGCCACCCACGGGUUCUCUGUCGAGCGUCUCCUGGGACCGGAAUCAGCCCCCACGGCGCAGUACGGCCCGCUACGGCUACAGCACCCAGGUCUGUAUACAUCCCCGGCGCCGUACCACGACUUCUACACGACGCUACGGUCCCUGGCAGGAACCUCGACGCCGCUGGUGCAGACCGCGGCACCUACUGCCACGACGGCGUCGUCCAGUUGUAGCAGCAGCCCAGAACCACAGCCCAGUAGAGCCCAGCAACCCGUCUUCAAGCCCAUCACCGUUCUGGCGUCACGGCCCAGCUAAUUGUGCGACGCUCGCGGUAAAUUUAGUCAAAAUUCGUUGCAGCUAUUGUGGAGAGGCGGUUUGGAAAUAAUGUUCCUGCAGUGAGGCCUUAGGUGUAGGAGAGAGAACCGUCAGUCUGUCUGACGUAGGCCUAAAUAUUUGCAACGGGUUCAUUUGCGAUCAUAGAUCAUCUCUGUUGAAAUCUGAAUGUAGUCUGCAGGAUAGAGCUGUUUCUAUUGCAGUUAGAUGUAAACCACAUGAUAACAUUCUAAAUGUUUCUGAUGGAGUCAUGUUAACUGCAAACAUAACUACUGAUUUAGAAAUUGUUCAUGCUCGUUGAGUCUUUCGAAAACACCGCAUUCUGGAAAACGGAUCUGUUUCAAUCAUCAGGUAUAAGGGAUGGAAUGUACCUACUCACAGGCCCAUUAGAAAUAACCAGUGUCAAUAGUUUGACCAGGGAUUAGGAAAAAUUAGUAUCAGUAAUUUGAGCAGGGAUUA